GACAGCCGUCCCGUAACUCUGGUGAUGAGAGGUCCCUUCUCUGGUCCUCGGCUUGUCGAAUAUUCCCCCUUCUAGUCUUACCGAUUUCGUGACCUACAGAACCAACCAUGAGUGAAAGUCGCAGAUUUAUGUGGUUAUUGUUGAUUCGUUACCAGUCUCCCUAAUUAUGUGGCUGGUCAAUGCUUUUUCUCUACACGACGACAGGAGUAGAUGUAAUCGAACCUACGAGAUGGCUAACUGCAAUAAUUAUGCCAAUUGCUGUUGCGAGAUGGGGACUUUCCAGACGUUCUCUGUCAUUGAGCGGUGCAGCUUCUGGUAUGGUGGUUGGCUUCCUACUGACACUGAGCAGUUAUGUGUUUCUAGUCAAUCUUCUAGUUUUCUUUGUUUCUUCUUCGAAAGCAACGAAAUUCAAGUCUGAGGCAAAGAAAAAACUAGAGGAAAACUUCAAAGAGGGUGCUGGUGUGACAAGAAACGGACCUUAUCCUUCAGUUUUCCAUAGUUAUGCAAGGCAAAUUUUCGGGGGCGAACGUAACUGGGUUCAAGUCCUCUGUAAUGGUGGCGUUGCUUCAAUAAUGGCCUGGUUCUACAUCAUGGAUUGUGGGUGUGGAGAAAAUCCCAUUGACAUGGUGUACAACUACCGUUGUUCUUGGCUAAGCAUUGCUGUCCUAGGUGCACUGGCUUGUUGCAAUGGUGAUACUUGGGCCUCAGAAUUUGGUACUGUACUUAGUACAGGAGAUCCAAUUCUUAUUACCUCCUUGCAGCCAGUCCCUCGAGGUACUAAUGGUGGAGUGACAGUGAUAGGUCUGUUGGUCAGUUUCAUUGGUGGCUUUUGAUUGGUAUUGGGACAUUACUUAACACUCUUGAUGUUUGUAUCCACUCCUGUCCUGAUUAGCGCACCUCCGCAGUGGCCAAUAGUCUUUGUUGGUGCACUUGGUGGAUUGUUAGGAAGCUUGAUCGAUUCCGUGAUUGGUGCUACUAUGCAGUAUUCAGGCAUGGACUCAGAAGGCAGAAUUGUGGAGCGGCCUGGGGAUGGAAUCAUACCUAUCUGUGGUUCAUAUAUUCUGGAUAACCAUGCUGUUAAUCUCAUCAGCUCCCUUUUAACUGCAAUAAUCUUACCAAGAGUAGCUCUAAUGGUCAUGUAGUGCCAUGGAUUUUUAGCGAGUCCACUUAUAUUAAAGAUAUUGGGAACUAUGUACUGGCUCUGGUGCCAUGUGUAGCAUGUUGGCAGCACAAUAUUUUGGUGCAUGAGGAUUUCAAGUGCAGGCAGCCAGGUUCUCAGGGUCACCAUCUGAACCUAUUGCUCAACUAAAUUAGGGUUGCUUUUGGUACUGUGAUGGUCAAACUGUUUCCUUGAGAUUUCCUGAGGCUUUCAGGGGGGUCUUGAAAGAAAUAUCGGAUAAAAUAAUGUUAUAUGCGGUGUUUUCAGAAAUUUCAUGAAUUUAUUGUAGAAUAGAGUUUGGCUGUACAUUUUACAUCAAAUUUGACACAAAACGCAGCUAUUGCUCAUUCUGCUUUGUGAUAACUAAAUACUGUAGUGGCAUUAUUAGACUUAAUAUACAAUUACUAGUGCUAAUUUACCCUCUUGUAGUGACAGGACUAUAUUAUUUGUUUAUUUUUUUGUCAGAGAUCAUAAGUAUUUAAUAAGUAGAGUUGUUGUUGUUGUUGUUGAGUGUAUAAAUGGUUAACCAUUGUUAUUCUCUGCCAGUAUUAAGAUGCAUUAUUUAGCAUUUUACUGAAGUUUUCAUAGUCAUUUAAGAGAAUUACUAAAGUGUUAUUGUUUUUUCACUAUGUAACCAUGAAAUCCAAUUACAAAUAUUUCAAGUAUACUGUAUGUACAAAUUAAAGCUAUAAAAUUUCCCAUUAAGUAGUAAUAUAUUUCUAUUCAAUAGAUUUUCAUAAUUCAUUUUGGUCCUAGACCUAUGGUGUUUUAGAGGCAGCAUCUGUUAUGUGUAAAAGGAAGGGUGUUUAUAUUUCUAAGUAUUAGUGUACAGUAAUUAACAUAUACCAAGAUGGCUUGGCAUAAUCUGUUCCCACAUUUUUGUUGAUCAGCCAGUUUUGAUUCCUUGUGUAUCAUCAUGCAAAAAUUUAGAAACGAUAAAACAAACUGUACGUUCCACUGUACAGAGUAAUAGUGAAAUUGUAUUAUAAAUUAUAGACAGCCAUGUUACUUUACUUGUAGUUGUGGUAAGCUAUGUAUAGAGAUUGUUACAUAAGUCUCCUAUAUGUUGAGAACCAGACAUUUUUUAUUUAUCCAGUCAGAAACAUUAACAUGUUUACAAUUCAGUCAAUUCACAUUGGCCUUGACACCUGUUCUGUGUUUUAUUUGGUUAUGGGUUUAUUUUCUAAUUUAUUAAUCUUUUCUUUAUCGUAUUUUCUUGGUUCUCUUCAUUUUUAAGAUUGGGUAAAUGGGGUAUAGUAUUGUAGGGAUCAGCUUUAACAAGUAAACCUUAAAGGCAAAGGUUAUAAUAGUAUUCAUUAGCUUUCACUAGCUGCCUUUUUUGAAAAUUUUCAUGUCAUUACUAAUUGAACAUAAUAAACUGAUUCAGUGGGUGAUAUAAAUACGUCCAGGUUAAUUUUCUGUAUUUAAAGGUGGAAAUGCAAUAGAAAUAUUACCUGUACAGUUAUAGUGUGUAUCUCAUACUGAUAAUUGUCACACAUUGUGAAUGCAUGUAUGAGAUAUGUGCUUCUGAUUUUCAGCCUUAUGUAAGGGCUUUGUAUGUGCAAUCAUCUCCC